AUGCCCGAAUCUUCGGAUGCGCCCCCUGUUCAGACCAAAUCCAUUCGCCGGUCUGCAACCCUCCCAUCUAAGCUGCAGCCACGGAAGCAAGCCAGUUCGGAGUCUCUCCGGGCUUCAGCCUCCGAAAAUGACCUCUUUUUUCAUCCAUCGGCAAAGAUAGUCCAUUUCUCUCCCAAAGCCCUUGCGCCGAUUCCCUCCAGCACUACACCAACCGACUUCGACUAUCCCGUGGACACGAUCGAAACGCUUCCAUGGCGAUCGGCGAUGGAGCGCACGGUCGCAUGUGCGCCCUUGAGACUCGAAAAAGUGCAUGGUUUGACUGUGUUUCUAAAAUGUGGCAGUGUUGUCCAUGCCAUUCUCAAAAACUCCCAGUGUUGGUGCGUGGACCGAGAGUCGACUUUUGUGUUGCGCAUUCGUCCUCUUACGUACUAUCGCAUCGAACUUCCAAAUAAAACCGAAGAAGACAGGGAACUCGUCGCGGCUAUGAAAGAUGCGCUUCCGAAAGUCCUGCGCUACGAAGUCACCCCAUGUCCCUUCAAGAGAGGGUUCACGGUCGAGAUUCCGGAAGAAGCGAAAGCCCCACGGCCAAAGAGAGCAUGGCGGCCAAAAGGACGACGAGAGAGUGCGCCCGUCCGGUCAAUCGCCAUCUCGGAGGCCGGAUCUUCAACAGAGGAGCUUGCAUCCAGUAUUGCUAGUGUCGAGGAAGUCGCGGACGAAGGAACGUCCAGCGCUAGUGGUUUGAUAGCCAAGAAAAGCGACAACGUUGCUCUCGAGACCAUUCCCGAUGCCAACAAGGAGGAGGAAGAGAUGUCUCCACUCUAUGUUCCUGGUCUCCCAGUUCUCCCAACCGACGCUAUAACGGAAACACAACCUAGCUUCGAAACCCUGCUGGCAAGGUUCGAGGACACAUCUGAUACGCAGGUCAAUCUUGACAUGUGCCUUUCUUCGAGCGUUGAGUCCUUCCACUCGAUGGAACUUCCUCCGUCCCCGCGCGGCGAACCGAAUUCUCCAUUGACGACGGCAUCGCCGGCAUCCAUGGCCUGUCCGGAGAAGUUCCCAGACCAGAGCGAUAGUCUGUCGGAAGAUCUCGGCUUUAAGCUUUCGAACUUGCCUGACACGCUGUCUGAAAUGGGAGCUUCUUUUGAGGCCAACUACUGCAACGAUGACAUGGCCCCGUCCGCCGGCACUUUGCCGAGAGACAUCCCGUUGAAGCCGAGUUCUCGGUCAUUCUUGCGAGUCCCUACGGAGGAGGAGGAGGAGGAGGAGGAGGAGGAGGAGGAGGAGGAGGCAGAUCUUGCAAAAAACCUCAGCGAUAUGAGUUCUGAGUUCCGCCGACGGUCCAAGGCAUCCCGGGAGCGGGAGAUAUCGCCUAUGCCACCAUCAUCCAUCUUGGUCGGCACAAGCCCGCCCGAAAAGCAAGAUGCAGCCUCUAUCAUCCAAAAGACCUGCACCCUGGUCUUGGUGCCUCCGGUUCAGCUGUUCAUUCUAUUGAUUCAUAUCGCGGCUAGAAUUGUUCUUGGCCCCGCUCUCCAUUCCGCGAUGGGCGAUUUCACUCGAAGGCUAGAAUAUCACGCCGCCCAUUCCCAGGAAGCCGUGGAUGAUUUUGACAUCCCAAUCAAUCCUGAUCAUUCAAGAGAACCUCCGGAAUCCGUUGUCGUGAGGAAACUCGAUCCUUGGGAUCUCGACUAA